AAGGCUCCCGUGUACGAGCCGCGGCGGCGGAGACGCGCUGCCGCGUCUGUACAGUACUGCUAGACAUGGCGGCGGACCUGCACCCCGAGUGGAUAUCCUGCCUCCCACCUUACUGGAGUUACGGGGUAACGCGGGAUGGACGCGUCUUCUUCGUAAACGAAGAAGCCAAGAGUACAACCUGGCUGCAUCCAGUGAGCGGCGAGGCGGUGAUCACCGGCCACAGGAAAACUCCAGACCUACCGACGGGGUAAGAAGGAUUCACUUUCGAGGGAGCACGAUGUUUCAUCAACCACAAUGAGCGGAAGGUGACCUGCAAACAUCCCGUCUCCGGCAUCCCAUCACAAGACAACUGCAUCUUUGUUGUCAACGAACACGUGAACUGUGGACAAUUGGUUCACUCUGUAUUUGGAAGAUCAGCCCAAACAGCCCCAGCCAAUGAGAAGAAGGACCGAUUCCUGAGCGACAUGAGUGAGGCCUCCAACUACACGGGCGCCUCUGACUAUGCCACGCAUCAGAACAGCCCAGCGGGAAGACCUUCCAGACCCUCGAAGAAAGUUCAUAACUUUGGGAAGCGUUCUAAUUCUAUCAGAAGGAACCCAGGUGCCCCGGUUAUCAGGAGCAACUGGCUGUAUAAACAGGACAGCACUGGGAUGAAGCUGUGGAAGAAAAGGUGGUUUGUGCUGUCGGACCUGUGCCUGUUUUACUACCGAGAUGAGAAAGAAGAGGGGAUACUGGGCAGCAUCCUCCUGCCCAGUUUCCAUGUUUCCAUGCUCUCUGUGGACGACCACAUUAACAGGAAAUACGCCUUCAAGGCGACUCACCCCAACAUGCGGACGUACUACUUCUGCACAGACACGCCCAAAGAGAUGGAGGCGUGGAUGAGGGCUAUGACCGAGGCGGCACUCGUCCACUCCGAGCCCGUCAAAAGGCUGGAGAGGCUGAAGGUGGAGCAGUGCGGGCCGCAGGACAUCCACCACCUGACCCCCGACGCCCAGCGGCCGCCGCUGACGCGCCCCGAGAUCCAGAACAACGAGCGCAACCGCGAGGCGGACCGGGCGCACCCCGCCAUAAGCAUCCCCAUCCCCGCCCCCACCCUGAACAUCCCCAGCCCCUGCCCCACCCCCAGCCCCACCACCCCCACCGGCGCCACCACCCCCACGCCUGAGGAGCAGGAGCGGAGGCAGCGGGAGGCGGAGCGCUACGGCUUCCAGAACAACGGCGGCGAGAACCAGCGGCCGCUCACCAAGAUCAACAGCCUCAAGCUGCAGCCGGCCCAGGCCGCCGCCCUCACCGCCGGCAUCGUCACGCACCCGUGCACGCCCACGCCCACGGAGACGGACGGCCCGUACCGCGGCGCCACGCCCCAGGUGAACGGCGGCGGGGGGCCCGGGAACCACAGCCCCGGCGGGGACGGCUCGGCCGUGCCCACGCCCACGCCCAGGCCCGAGGGGCAGGGGCAGGGGCAGGGGCCGGAGCGCUCCCUGAGCAGGACCAGCUCCAUGCUGCAGCUGGAGCAGUGGGUCCGCACACAGAGGGGCCGCGGCCAGGACGAGGACACCCGCAGCAUCACCUCCUACCAAACCCUACCCAGGAACAUGCCCAGCUACCGUGCCCCGGCAGGCACGCCCCAGCCCGGCGAGGGCUACCGCACCAUGCCCAGGAACGGCCUGGGUCAGCGGGACAGCAUCUGCAGCAUGUCCCCCUCCAUGUACGAGCAGGCCCUGGGGCCCGGACCCGGGGACAAGCGGCGCUCCAUGCGGGACGACACCAUGUGGCAGCUGUUUGAGUGGCAGCAGAGGAACGCCUACGCCCGGCCGCCCUCGGCCAUGUACGCCAACAUGCCCAGCCCCAAGACCAUGAUCAACCUGUCGGAGCACGCCCCGCCCGCCCACGCCAUCCCGCCCUCGCCGUCCCACGGCUCGCUGGCCAUGUACGGCGGCUACUCCCCGCUGCGCUCCUACAACAUGGGCGGCGCCCGCUCCGAGGUGUCCUCCCCCGUGUACCGCGGCGGGGACAUGAGCAUGGACCGCCGGCUCCGGCAGCACCCCAACAACUACGCCUACACACUCCACCCUGACAGGAGAUCCAUGCCUUCAGGACUGCCGGUUCAGAUUAUCACUGCCCAGUCGCUACAAGGCAAAACGCCGGAGGAGCUGACUCUGCUGCUGAUAAAGCUGCGACGGCAGCAAGCGGAGCUUAACAGCAUCCGGGAGCACACUGUAGCGCAGCUUAUGCAACUAAACAUUGACGGUGACACCCCAAAGAACGACAUUCUCUCGCAUCACCUCCAAAGGAACCUCAUGUAUUUGGACAACCAGAUGAAGGACAAUGAGCCUUUAAUCGCCAUGACACACAGUUUGAUUGAGAACUCAGCCGCAAGGCCUCAACUUUACCACCAACUGAGUCCAGACGACUACAGGGCUCACCCCUACAUGAGCAGGCAGGAAGAGGCUGACGUUGAUACCAAGCUGAGCCGCCUGUGUGAGCAGGACAAGGUGGUGAGGGCCCAGGGGAGCAAAGUACAGCAGCUGCACCGCGAGAAGCACACCCUGGAGACGGCGCUGCUGUCAGCCAGUCAGGAGAUCGAGCUGGGCUCCGGUAACCCCGCCGCCAUGCAGAGCGUGAUCCAGCAGAGGGAUCUGCUGCAGAGUGGCUUGCUCAGCACCUGCAGGGAGCUCACCAGAGUCUCUGCGGAGAUGGAGCGGUCGUGGAGGGACUACGACAGGCUGGAGGGAGAUGUGAACGCCGCCCGGACCAACCUCCUGGAGCAGCUUGAGGCCCUGGGGAGCCCGCAGACGGAGCCUCCCAGUCAGCAGCACGUCAACAUCCAGAAGGAGCUGUGGCGGAUCCAGGACGUGAUGGAGGCCCUCAGUAAACACCGGCCCCAGAGGCCCGGCCCCGAUGGCUGCUACGGCUCCGUGCCCAUGAACGAGGGACCAGACUACCGGCUGUACAAGAGUGAGCCGGAGCUCACCACGGUGGCCGAGGUGGACGAGAGCAACGGAGAGGACCGGUCGGGAGGAGACCACCUGGGGGAGAGGGAGUCCUCCGCCAGCAGAGGGGUCUGCUACCCAGUGGGCAUCGUACCCCCGAGAACCAAGUCUCCGAUGAUGGACUCCUCCUCCAUAGGGUCCUAUGUCACCCUGAGGAAGAGCAGGAGGCCCGAAUCCAGAAACGACCGUCCCCGCAGCGCCGCGGACCAGCUGGGCGGGUCGGAGAGCGCCCGUCCCAGGAUGAGCGUGGAGGAGCAGCUGGAGCGGAUCCGGCGCCACCAGCAGGGGGCGCUCCGGGAGAAGAAGAAGGGGGGGCGCAGCGUGCUGGGCGGGGGCCAGGAGAACACGCCCAGCCGCAGCCCCUCCUUCACCAGGGAGACCCCGCCCCGCAGCACUCAGCUCCAGAGCCGGCGCAGGGAGGACGUGAUGGGCAACGACAUCCUGGAGCUGGAGAACUCUCUGAGGAUGCAGGACGUGGUCCGGGACCAGGAGACGCCCGCCCAGGAGAUCGCCCGCCUGAAGGAGGCCUCGCAGCACUUCAACAUGGACCGAGAGCUGUCGGUGCCUGACAAGGUGGUGAUCCCGGAGCGCUACGUGGAGUCAGACCCGGAGGACGCCCCGAGCCCGGAGCAGGAGGCUGACAAGCAGAGGAAGGUGGACCGCAUCAAAGCCCUGAUAGCCAGGAACAGCAUGCAGAACGCUCCACCCAACAUGCCGGUGAGUCCGGAGCAGGAGGCUGAGGUGGAGGCAGAGGUGCAGGAGAAGGAGAAGAUGAUCAACAUCUCCUACGAGCUGGCUGCAGAGGCCUCCAAACGCAGCAAGCUGGUUGCAGCCCAGGCUCUGGCCUCUGUGAAGACUUCCACUUGAAGAUCAGACAUGGCCGGCCUAUGAACACGACCGCCUGGCCAUGAAGGUCUCUUCCCCCCCCCCCCCCCCCCCCCCCCCACACACACACACUCUCCUCCCCACCUUCUUUGACAGCACAUCACCUGGGCGGACGCUUACACAAUCAUCCAACACCAUUGGGUCGGGGCCAUACCGCCCAGCUCCCCCCAAUGGCUCACUGUGACCUGGCCUAGCUGUGCCCCCCCCCACCCCCCCACACACACACACACACACACCACUCCCUCUGUGAUACUGCUGCGGUCCUCAGCAGAAACCUUUCCCAAAUGAACACUUAUCCCACCUGGUGGUGGCGAGCAACACAAGGCCAAUAGACACAGUUUUUGUGGUGGUUCUUUGUCUUUUUAUUUAUAGGCUUGCCAAUUUUUCCUUUUUUAUUGUUUAUUAGUUGAGAGAGAGAGAGAGAGAGAGAGAGUGUGUGUGUGUGUGUGUGUGUGUGUGUGUGUGUGUGUGUGUGUGUGUGUGUGUGUGUGUGUGUGUGUGUGUGUGUGUGUGUGUGUGUGUGUGUGUGUGUGUGUGUGUGUGACACCAUGGUGUGAGCAUACGGACCCUGUAUAAACCUACAGUACCAUGGUUACACCGUAACUUUAUUUAAAAUUGGAACAGACCAAGCCAAAUGUUUUUACAUAACCUGUUUUUACAGAUGUUUUACAUGCUUUUAUUUUAGUUGAGUGCUUGCUUUAAAAAAAAAGAAAAAAAAAAGAGCCUGCUUUUUAGUUUCCCACAAGGUAAGUAAAACCAAA